UGGGCAGAGCUGCAGCCAUGCAGGUCUCCAGCCUCAACGAGGUGAAGAUCUACAGCCUCAGUGCCGGCAGGAGCCUCCCGGAGUGGCUCUCAGACAGGAAGAAAAGAGCUUUACAGAAGAAAGAUGUGGAUAUCCGUAGAAGAAUUGAACUUAUUCAAGACUUUGAAAUGCCCACAGUUAGCACAAAGAUUAAGGUAUCAAGAGAUGGACAGUAUAUUGUGGCAGUUGGAACUUACAAGCCAAGGGUCCGCUGUUUUGACACCUAUCAGUUAUCCCAGAAAUUUGAAAGAUGCUUAGAUUCUGAAGUGGUUACGUUUGAGAUUUUAUCAGAUGAUUACUCAAAGAUUGUCUUCUUGCAGUGUGGCAGGUUUGUGGAGUUCCAUUCGCAACAUGGCCAUUACUACAAGACAAGAAUACCAAAAUUUGGUAGAGAUUUCUCUUAUCACUAUCCAUCAUGUGACCUGUAUUUUGUAGGAGCAAGUUCUGAAGUAUACAGGCUAAAUCUGGAACAAGGAAGGUUUCUCAACUCUCUGCAAACUGAUGCUUCGGAGAGUAAUGUCUGUGACAUAAACCCUGUACACUUCUUGUUUGCCAUGGGGACAGCUGAGGGUAAAGUAGAAUGCUGGGAUCCUAGAAUGAGAAAUCGCGUUGGACUGUUGGACUGUGCUUUAAGCAGUGUGACAGCAGACACAGAGAUAGAUGGUUUACCAUCCAUUUCAGCACUGAAAUUUGAUGGAGCUUUGAAUAUGGCGGUUGGAACAUCUACUGGGCAGGUUUUAUUAUAUGAUCUCCGGUCUAGUAAUCCAUUAAUAGUCAAAGAUCACCACUAUGGCCUGCCUAUUAAAUCAAUUCAGUUUCAGUGUCAGUUGGAUUUAAUUAUCUCUGCAGAUUCUCGAAUCAUAAAGAUGUGGAACAAAGAUACGGGGAAGAUAUUUACUUCAAUGGAGCCAGAAUAUGAUAUCAAUGAUGUCUGCCUGUAUCCAAAUUCAGGAAUGCUAAUGACUGCCAAUGAAGCCCCUAAAAUGAAUAUCUAUUAUAUACCA